CCAAUCGCUGCUUCCGCCCUCUGACCCGGAAACAAACUCUGAGCGCGCCGCAGCAGCCCCCAGCGGAGACCAGAUUCCUUCUGACCACUUCCCGACGCCCCUGUUUCGUGACCUUGUCCAGUAGAAGGCUAUUUUAUUUUUACAACUGUUCAAGUAUUGACAUACAAGAUGAAGCAAGAUGCCACAAGAAAUGCUGCCUACACUGUGGAUUGUGAAGAUUAUGUGCAUGUGGUAGAAUUUAAUCCCUUUGAGAGUGGGAAUUCAGGAAACCUAAUUGCAUAUGGUGGCAGUAAUUAUGUGGUCAUUGGCACGUGUACAUUUCAGGAAGAAGAAGCAGACGUGGACGGAAUUCAAUAUAAAACACUACGAACAUUUCAGCAUGGAGUCAGGGUUGAUGGCAUAGCUUGGAGCCCAGAAACUAGACUUGAUUCAUUGCCUCCAAUAAUCAAAUUUUGUACUUCAGCUGCUGAUAUGAAAAUAAGGUUGUUUACUUCAGACCUUCAAGAUAAAAAUGAAUACAAGAUUUUAGAGGGCCAUUCAGAUUUCAUUAAUGGUUUGGUGUUUGAGCCCAAAGAGGGCCAAGAACUUGCAAGUGUGAGUGAUGAUCAUACCUGCAGGAUUUGGAACUUGGAAGGAAUGCAGACAGCUCAUUUUGUUCUUCAUUCCCCGGGAAUGAGUGUGUGCUGGCAUCCUGAGGAAACUUUUAAGCUGAUGGUUGCAGAGAAGAAUGGAACAAUCCGGUUUUAUGAUCUUUUGGCUCAACAGGCUAUUUUAUCUCUUGAAUCAGAACAGAUGCCAUUAAUGUCAGCUCACUGGUGCUUAAAAAACACCUUCAAAGUUGGAGCUGUUGCAGGAAAUGAUUGGUUAAUUUGGGAUAUUACUCGAUCCAGUUAUCCUCAAGAUAAGAGACCUGUCCACAUGGAUCAAGCCUGCUUAUUCAGGUGGUCUACAGUUAAUGAGAACUUGUUUGCAACCACUGGUUAUCCUGGCAAAAUGGCAAGCCAGUUUCAAAUUCAUCAUUUAGGACACCCUCAGCCUGUCCUCAUUGGUUCUGUAGCCGUCGGAUCUGGCCUUUCCUGGCAUAGAACUCUUCCACUGUGUGCAAUUGGAGGAGACCACAAGCUGUUGUUUUGGGUAACUGAAAUGUAAAACAAAUUUUCUUUGUACCUUAGAUGCAUAAACUUUGUAUUUUUAAUACAUAUUUUUAUAUCAAAUAUACUGUAAGCUCUAGUAAUGUCCCAGUUGUUGCUUUUGUUAAAUAAAAUGUUAAUGGUUUGAAAAAUCAUUUUCUUGCUCUGUGCUGUAUAUGUGCAUGUAUGUGUUUAAAAACAUACAUUUUUUAAAAUCAUCUUUCAAGACUAUAAUUGACUGAGGAGCUCCAGAAAAGAGAUGAUUUUAUCAUGGAUUAUCCAAAGUGUAUCCUGUCCUCUAUACUUUGAAUAUAUGCUGUUUUCCUAAUUCUCAGAGAUGCAAACAUUUACAAAAGGAAGAAAAUGUCUUUCGUUUCAGUGUUACUCUGGAAGUGAUCGAAUGUAUAUGUGUGGGUAUAUGCAUCUUUGUUAGCAGUUUAUAUGUGUAGGGUCUUACAACUUCCUCAGUAAUUAUAAAAGAUUAUCAUUUAAUUUAAUACAAAGAAUGAUUUUCACUUUCUUAAAAAUGUGACUGAUUGACUUAGUCCUGUUGACUAUACACAAAUUUCUUUUGACUAGACAUCUCAACAUUCUUAGAACAUCUGGUGUAUGGGAUAAAGCUUACCUUGAAAAAUGAAUUAUAAUUAAUAUCUUUAACAGCCUCUGCCUUUUAUGAAUCUUCACCAUUUUUAUCAAGAAACUGAGAUGUUUCUGAGAUGGCACCUAGUGGCAGUAAAACAGCGCUGAUAGCACAGGGCCUGCUUGGGAUUCUCUCUCUCUCUCUGACGCUCCCCCAUGCUCGCUUGCUCUCUCUCUCUCUCAGAAUAGAUAAACUUAAAAAAAAAGAAAAGAAAAUUAGCUUUACGAGACAAGGAAAUGUUGCAAGUAAUUUUUUUAAUGCAAUGAAAUGUUUUAAUCUUGUAGAUAUUUAAACUAUUAUGUGCUUUACUGAUGAAAAAAUGCAUAGUAUACCAAUUUCUAAGUCACUUAUUUGAUACAAUAAAUUGUUACUAAAUAAUAGCAGUGGUUUCCUUUACCCCUUCAUAAGCGGAUUGUAACUUAAAAAGGCAAAGGUCAGGGAAUUUGGACAUGUUUCCUUUUAACAAUCUCUGUGAUGGGACAGAGAACCCUAAAAGCAUUAGGGUAGAUCAAAGAAUUUGUAAGAAUUUUUCAUUUCAGGAUGUGUCCCAGAUAUAAGGAAUACAUAUUGAGAUGUCAGAUUGAGCCAGUGCAUUUGAAAAUUGUCUAAGGACGUUGACUUAGGAAUUGAGUGGGUUGUUAUUAAGGGUGGAGAUUGAGGGGAGCCUGGGUGGCACAAUCAGUUAAGCGACUCUUGGUUUUAGCUCAGGUCAUGAUCUCACAGUUUUGUGAGCCACAUCAGGCUCUGCGGUGGCAGCACAGAGACUGCUUGGGAUUCUCUCUUCUCUCUCUCCGUCUCUCUCUCUCUGCUCCUCCCACACUCACACUGUCUCCGUCUCUCUCUCAAAAUAAAUAAAUAAACUUAAAAAAAAAAAAAGGAUGGAGAUUGAAAAGUAUGUUGGCCUUGGAUUUUUGGGUGUCUAAGAAAUGGGUUCUUUGGAAUAAGGGCUUACCCAAAUAUAAGUUAUCUGAUGAAAUUACCCAGUAGCACUACUGCCUGCUAGGGGAACCUGUCUUGGGAAAAGAUAACCCAUGGUGGUCACAUAAAUACUAAAUUUAUGCAAUUUAUGCCGAGAAGCAGGAAGUGUUACCCUUAAAGAAAGCAAAUGGUUGUUUCAUUUAUAAAUUAAUAUAGUGACUAUAAGACUCAAGUCUCAAGAAAUGAGAGGGAUUUCUUUAUCCCUUAGCUUCAGGAGUGGUAUUCAUGUUAUCCUGAGUAAGCAUUGUUAAAGUUUACUAUGUUCAAUUACUUUAAAUGGCAUAAUGAUAUUCUUUUUCCAUAGUAAAUUUUGUUCUUAGCAAACUGUUUAAAUUAGACUAACACAGGAGGCAGUGUUCAAUGGAGAAUUAGUUAUUGGUCAUCACUUCUAAUUUCUGAUAAAUAACAUGAGUUCUGAUUUUGUGUGUGUAUAUGUGUCCCAGUUAGUUUUAGUUUUUCCAUGUUUGUUUAUUCUAAGAGGGUUUUUCUUCUGCUGAAAAUAAGUUUUCCUGAGGAUUGCUUCACUUACAAAUAUUGUGGAAAGGAAAAAAAGUUGUACUUGUGUUCUAAAAUUCUUAUUAUUUAGAGAUGUUGAAGCAAAAGUCAGGAUAUCACAAAUCUGCAAGAUGUCAGAAUUAAAUCCUACUCUUUCAAAACGAUGGAAUCAUAAGUCCCAUUUUAUUUUUAUGAUUUGGCUUGUACGUUGUGAGUAUUUCAAUGUCUCUCCCAUGCCAAAACACAAAAUCGUACACCCAUGCACUCCAAUUUGUUUCUUUGGUAAUUUGUGACUACAUAUUGACACUGACCUAGAAAUGUUCCUGUUGCUGUUUUAAAUCUCAUGUCAGUGGAGAAGAAAUUGAAAUCUGGUUUGCACAUUUGUGUCUGGUUUUUUGUAAUUGUCCAAAAUCUGACAUUGUCCCAGAAAUGCUGAUUGGGAAGUUAUGAGACAGUAUUAUACCCAAGACUGAUUUCUUAGGAGAGAACAUGUAUUUGCUCCAGAUUAUUCCUCAUGUUUCUGUAGCUCGAAAAGUUAAACUCACCCCAACUUUAUGUGAUACCAGUAAUAGCCUUAGAUUUGAGCCCAAAUAAAAUGUGCAAAGUAAAAAUCACCAUUAUGAUGGUCCAUUUCCACAUAUCCCUCAUGAGAGCAUGGUCCAGCCUCAGAAGCAGCAUUCUGUUCCAAUAUAUCUUUAUCAAGCUGUCGGUGUGCUUAGUAACAAGGACAGGAGAGAACACUCUGUUUCUUUAAUCUAACACCUUGCUGAUUCAAAAACAUUUAUUUUAACAGGCAUUGAAAAGGAAUUUCAAAACAGCUAACAUUCGUUUCUAAUUAUACAUUUAAAGAAAUAUGCCUUUUAAAACAUAGGUAGAAGUUUUCUUUUGUUGUUAUUAACAUGACUUUAAUUUAUAGCAACCAUCUGUUAACUAAGCACAGUAACACAACAAAAUAAUUAGGAUAUCAGCUUUGAAGAUCUCCUUUCAGAAAAGGAAAAACAAAUACACAUUUGAUGACAUAUCCAUUACUCAAACUCGACAUAACCAAUUUCUUUUGCAUGCAUGGACACAGACUUCAUGAGAAAUUGAAAGCACUGAAUCUCCUUUCUGACCUUUUCAGCUGUUCUUUGAACUACCUUAGUAAAAACAAUUGUUGCCCGUAUGUUGGAUCAAGUUACAUUUGCCUGGAAAUUUCUUUGGAUCAGCUUAUUUCUGUUCAACUGAUGUGUUUGUUAUAUUGCUAUUUGCCUUCUCAACUAAUUUUUAACAGAAUACUCUACCUUGGGACUUGUACACUUACAUAAGUUUUUAAAAUCCAUAAGAACAAGGGUAAGUAAAAGGAGAGGCCACCAAGUUUCUCCGCCUUUGCAAAAACAAUUUGAGUAACCCAAUAGAUUUAAAGAUGUAUGAAAUAAAGCAUUUCUACCAACUGCAUGUUUAGUGCUAUGUUGAGUUGAGUGCCUGUGUCUUUAUAGUAAAAGACAAUAAAUGCUGCUGGUAUGUUUGCUU